UGUUGUCCGGCAUCAUCGUCCCACGAGCAGCAACGGCGUGAACAACCAUGAAGUUCUUUGCUCAGGUCGUUGUGUUGCUGGCAGUCGCCUCCAUGGCUCUCGCUCUGCCCUACGGCUUCCCACUUGGUGGCUACGGUGGCUACGGUGGCGGCGGCUACGGUGGCUACGGUGGCGGCUACCAAACCGGGUUCGGCAGCUCCUUCUCCACCUCGCUCAACUACAACAGGGGUGGCUACGGCUACGGCGGCUACGGGGGCAGCGGCUUGGGCGGCUACGGCGGCUUCCUUGGCUGAGUCUGCAUUGUUUCGAUUGGAAUA